UGUAGUAGUAGUGUUGGUGAAGAAGACGAGGAGACGGUGGUGGUGGCGGCGGAGGAGGAGGUGGUGGAAGACAGCAACAAAGCCGUGACUCGUCCGUCGGGAAGUUCGUCUUGGUCCGCCAGUCAGGAUGUCGUCGAAGCCCGCCGAAAAGCCCGAGCAGGUUUUAAUUAUCGAGCCGCAGAACGAGCUGCGAUUCAGGGGCCCAUUUACAGGCGGCCCAGUCACAUCAUAUAUAAAAUUAAUAAAUCCAACGAAUAAAAAGGUAUAUUUUAAGAUAAAGACAACUGCCCCAAAGAGAUACUGUGUACGUCCAAACUCUGGAGCUCUCAAGCCAAAGGAUGUCACUGAAAUAGCAGUAUGCUUACAACCGUAUGAUUUUGAUCCGUCGGAGAAAAACAAACACAAAUUCAUGGUGCAGACUGUGGUAGCACCGGAUGAUGAUGAUGAUGAAUAUCCAAUUGAUGUGUGGAAGGACAUGAAUCCAGAUCAAUUAAUGGACUCUAAACUGAAAUGCGUCUUUGAAAAUCCCGUAACUAGUACUACUACUGGUACGGUGAAAACGACUGCAACUUGCACAACGGCUAAGGCAGACUCUAACACGACUAACGGGAAAAACAAAUCGGUCGGCGAUUCGGUCAAAUCGUCGCCCAAGUAUGAUUCGUCUCAGGUUCUCGGUGAGGCAGAAGAGAAACUGUUGAAAGCUGCGCAAGAGGUUAAUCAGCUUAGGGUAGAGGAAAGCACGCUUAGGCAGGAAAAUCUUCAACUUAGGGAAGAUUUAAUGAAGUGGCGAAACGCGGCAAUGGGCAAUGACGGUGGUAACCUUGCAGCAGCCAGAGGACUAACCUCGCAGAGCAAUAGCCAGUUAUCUCCGACAUCCACUAGUAUUCUCAUCGCCAUUGCCAUGGUUAUAGUCGGCUACUUGCUGGGAAAACUAAUCUGAACAGCCUUUAUCUUACUGUAUACCUCAGUGUAUCCCCACCGCCCCUCAAGUUUUUUUAGUCUGUCUUCUGCCGUCAUAUGCCAUCGUUCGAUCGCAGACACAGACUCCAAACGUUGCGUUACUCGAAUGUUCAUAAUAAAUGCUAUAAACACGAACGGUAGUGGUCUACAUUAAUAGAAUUGCUCGUUACGGGUGUGUGCUUAACCUGGUAAAAUGCUUGAUUUAAAAUUUAUUUAAUUUUAUUUAUUUCUCGUCUUCACUUCACGAAGAACACAAACUUAACUAGAAGACGCCAAGUAACGCUCCGGUUUAUGUUUACCGUAAUUGCAGUCUCAUUUUUGCGCUUGUAAAGGAAUCUUCGCUGCAUUUUCGCGCCCCGCCCCAAAGUAGCGUUGGACAAAAUGUGCCCGCGAAUAACGAGUAAUGAUUUCGUGUUUAUAAAUACAUAUUCAAAAGUAAUUAUUCGUCAUUCGCAUUUGCUCGACGCCUUUGAAAAUCUUGUUCGCUACUGGGAAAUAUAAGUUACCAAUUUACUGAUUGUUAUUUAUCUCGCACUCUUUCUCGAAUUUAUAUACCACUUAUUCGCAAUAGGCCGAACAGUACUGAUGCGAAAGAUCACACACGAACGAGUGAGGGUGCUAUUACUGUCAUAUAGCCUCUUUCUCUACGUAAUAUUAACUCUUACGUCACAUAAAUAAUAUUGUACAAUCGGAGGCAGAAAUAGAGUGUUGCUGGUGCCGCAUGUACCGCAUGAGAACGGUUGUUGCCCACGUUCGCUCGAUUUGCGCUGCUUCAGUGCAUCCGCGCCGGGCGCCGUUCUCGUUCCCCGUUGUACAUAUUGUGUCCAUUUGAAAAAAAAUAUAUAUAACACACAUAGUCGGGGCCGGAGGGGAAGAGUGGGAUUAUAGAGGCGGGGCUGGCUGAUGGAGAGUAGUGGUUCAUGAUCCAACAAUUGGUCGUGGCUGGUAGUUGUAUUCCGCCAGCGUUGGUAUAUUAAACGGAAAAAAGAGAGAGAGAGAGAGAGAACGAGAAGGAACGCUAUAAAAUGCAUUGAACUUACUUGACGCUUCAGUGUACUUUUUAUUUCUUUAUGUUUGUCUUACGAAAAUAACGAAUAAAGAUAUGUCUCGGAUAUCACAAA